AAAAAAUAUGUAAGUACAGCAUGCGAUGGUUGGAUAACCAGUCAUCCAGGGUCUAGUAUGACCAUCUACGAUGUCCCUAAAAUUGUGGCCGUAGCUUUGCCAAGCGCAAUAACACCAAAGAACAUAACAGCAGGGUUUAAAGUGUCAGGAGUUUAUCCAUUCAAUGAAUGUGUCUUUUCUGAAGACGAAUUUCUCCCCUCUUAUGCUACUGACCGCCCACUUAUUGAGCAAGCAAAAGAUGAUGAAAUUGACAGGAAACCUAAUAAUAGCCCUAAACCUAAAAUAUCUCAGGAUACUAGUCCCCAACCAGGAACAUCUCGGGAUUAUUCUGAAAUUCUCAACGCUGAUAGCUCAAUGCCAAAAACUUCUGAGAUAAACCCACCGCUCGAAGAAAAAACUCCGGAAAAGCAAAUAAUUAAAAAUAUUAACAUAUUAGCCAAAGAAGAUACCGAGUGA